GCUGUUUAAAUGUCAGUAAUUUCCUGUAUGUCAGAUACUUCCUUUUCUGUUUUUGGAGAGAAGCAUGAACCAGCGUGAACUAAAAUGGCGUUAACUCAUCUUCUGGAGUUCACUGUGAUGUUUUUCAGUCAUCUGAGCUCCAACACAGUAUCCACUGAAAUAAUCCAACCAACAGCAAUAACCGCUCAGAAAGGACAUCCUGUUUAUCUUACUAUACAAAAACAUGCAAAUGAGAUGCAACAAUUUGAUGAUUUGGAAUGGCUAAAAGAUGGUUUACAUAUUGUAGUCUCAUAUAAUUUUAGAACAGUAAAGAUUCACUCUUCCUAUAAGGAGAGAGUGGAUUUUAAUACUGAAAACUACUCUCUAACACUGAAGAACAUACAGGAGACAGACAGUGGACUCUACACUGCUAGAGCAAGUGGAGAAUCAGAUAUCAUCAUUGGAAAAUACAGUGUGACUGUUGUAUCCAGUGACACAAUCCAACCAACAGCAAUAACUGUUCAGAGAGGACAUCUUGUUCAUCUUACUAUACAAAAACCUGCAAAUGAGAUCCCACAAUUUGAUGAUUUGGAAUGGCUAAAAGAUGGUUUACAUAUUGUAGUCUCAUAUAAUUUUAGAACAGUAAAGAUUCACUCUUCCUAUAAGGAGAGAGUGGAUUUUAAUACUGAAAACUACUCUCUAACACUGAAGAACAUACAGGAGACAGACAGUGGACUCUACACUGCUAGAGCAAGUGGAGAAUCAGAUAUCAUCAUUGGAAAAUACAAUGUGACUGUUGAUAGUACAAGUCAUGGAACCACCGGAUCUGUUUCUCUUACUUGGUUCAUGUUCCUUGUCCUUUUGAGAACAUUAAUUUGAGCCAACUACUGUACUGGAGCUACAGACAAAAAAAAAAACCCUUAUUUGCUUAACAGCUACCAUUAAGCUUCUUCAUUGCAUGCACAAGCAAAUGACACUCAUAAAUUUUAAAGAUCAAUUCAAGAGAUUUUUGACAUCAGAGCCAUUUCACAAAAUCUAUUUACAGGUUCUUGUGUAUACAAACUUUGAAAUACAUUUUACCCUGAAAAAAAAUUGAAACACCAAUAUCAUAGGUUCAGUUCCCAAGGAAAGCAAGAAAAAAUAAAAUAAAUUAAAAAUUGUACCUUGAAUGCAAUGCAAGUCUUUUUGUUUUUGUCUGCCAAAUGCAUAAAUGUAUAAAUGAUGUAAAUAUAUGCAUUUUGCUCUGUGUACAUUUGAAUUACAGUAUAAAACAUUGUAUUAUUUUACUACACAGUGAAUCUUUCACAGUGAACUGAUUCACUACACAGUGAAUCAGUCAUCUUCUUUAAAAAUUAACUAAUAAAACUUAUAUUGGUUUAGCUCAUGUACAGAA